GGCGACCACCACUCAAAGAAAGUCAAGCUCGGCGACAGCAAAAAAGACGACAUUGCCAUCGACUCCGAGUUGUUGGGCGACCAGUCUUCGUACAGUGCAGGAUCAGGCACGGGCACUGAAAACAACAAACACGACGAGGAUGACGAGGACGCAGCCGUAGCCGCCGCCGCGUCCUUGGUUUCUGACGCUGAAACUGCCAACGCCGCUGCCGCUGCAUUGAGCCACCAGCAGCCACACUACCACCACCACCAUCACCUGCAGCUGCACCAGCAACAGCAACAACAGUUGCACCAGAAAUUAGCGUACGAGAGCCACUAUAGCCAGCAAUUGCACGCGGCCUCUGCCGUCAAUGCCGCGCAGCAGCACCACAGGUCCGACAACACGAUCUUGCAGCCCACCACAUUGCCACAGCAAAACAGCGGAAACAAACCGUCUCAUGGCUCUGAGGAGUGGCACCGCGCGAGACGCGAGAACCACAAGGAAGUCGAGCGCCGAAGAAGAGACUCGAUCAACCAGGGUAUCAAGGAGUUGGCUCAGUUGAUUCCUUCUCCAGACACGAAUAAGGCACAGAUCUUGCAGAGAGGCAUUGAGUACAUCAGACGCUUGAAGGAGAACGAGAAUAACAACAUCGAGAAGUGGACGUUGGAGAAGUUGUUGACCGAGCAGGCCGUCAGCGAACUCAAUGCGUCUAACGAGAAGUUGAAGUCCGAGUUGGAGAAGGCGUAUCGCGAGAUUGAG